AUGGCUGGGCGUCGGGGCUGGGUGUCGCUGUUCGUGGUUGGCCUCCACUUGCUGGCCUGGAGUUGGGUUUGGACGGGCAUCUCUCGCUCCGACGACCUAGCAAAGGCUCCUUGGCCCGUCAUUGCUUCAGGCCCCUCGAUCCCGGGUACCCCGGGAGCCGUUUCUUCUGCUGCCUUGACCACGGUGGAGCCGCAACCCGAGGCGAACAGUGCCUUGUCACAGUCCACAACGCUGCUGCCGCCGCUAGGGUUUACCGUGCACUGGUUUGCGCCCUUUGCCUCCCCUUCGGGCUAUGGCAGUGAGGCGCGCGCGUACAUUGCCGCGCUGCGCCAAGUGUCCCGGCUACAGCUACGCAUCUCCCAACAUGGGGACACACCAGACCCCGAAUUCGUGGCUUCGCUUGACUCGGAGCAGGAGCGGGAGCUGGCUGCGCUGGCUCGCACUACAAGCGAUCCAGACGAAACGGUGGUAGUGUGCCACUCGGAACCCGGCGCUUGGAAUCCGCCCCGCUACGAGACAUCACUUUGUCCUCCUGCUGAAGAGCCUCUCUAUGUUGUGGGUCGCACGAUGUUUGAGACUGACCGCGUGCCAUACGAGUGGAUCGAGCGCUGUCGCACAAUGGACGAGAUUUGGGUGCCCACGGCCUUUCACGUUGAGACGUUUGCCCGUGCUGGCAUGGACCGAGCGCGCUUAAGGGUGGUACCAGAGGCAGUGGACACAGCGCGCUUUUCCCCGGGUGGCCCUGCUCUAGCGCUGCCGCUGACUGCCCCUUUGCUGAUCGACCAGCCUUGUGGUGUCUCCGGCCUAGGCCCUGCCCAGCCCGCACCUUUGCACACGCGCUUCCUCAGCGUCUUCAAAUGGGAGCCUCGCAAGGGCUGGCCUUUGCUUCUGCGCGCCUUCACGCGGGCCUUUGCAGGCUCGUGUCGGGCCAGUCUACACAUUGUCACGUCUCGCUUUCAUUCCUCGGCCGAUCUCAACGAGCUAGCACAAACGCAUGUGCGCGCAGCCUUGGUAGAGUAUCUGCAGGAGAGGGGCCGGCGGGUCACCAGUGCACAGAUCCGAGCCUUGUGGCCGUCUCUUUUUGUCAGCCAGCGCUUUGUGCCCGAUGGUGAGAUGCCGCAGCUCUAUCGCGCAGCAGAUGUGUUUGUGCUUCCCUCGCAUGGAGAAGGGUUUGGGCGACCGCACGUUGAGGCCAUGGCCUCGGGCCUUCCCGUGAUGGCCACCAACUGGAGCGGUCCGACGGCCUACAUGACCCGGGACAACGGAUAUCCAAUCCCCAUUGAAGGUCUCGUACCCCUGCCAGACGGUCCAUUCCGGGGUCGCCAUCAAUGGGCCAUGCCCAACGUGACGGCGCUUGAAGCAUUGCUGCUGGAAGCGGCCGAUAAUGCGGAGGCGCGCCGCCAAAAGGGCGUUCUUGCGCGCCAAGCAGCUGAUGUCAUGUAUUCUCCAGCACGUGUCGGGCGGCUGGUUUACAGCGAACUGCGCCGCAUCGAAGCCCGUUUGCGCCGUGACGGGGAUUUGGCCUGA